AUGUUGCGCGUACACAGCAAUGCACUGCUUCGCACAGUAUCGACUCUCCCAGUGCUCAUCGUGACGGCCAUCUUCAGUCUCGAGUACUUUGUGUUCAUGACGGAACAUUGGCUCCUUGAGUUGCGGCGAUCUGUGGGGCACCUUGUGCUGCUCCGGGUCGCAGAGGGUCUCGUGUUCCACUUUGUGGUUGGCUGUACGCUUGUGGCGUACUAUAAGGUCGUGCUGACAGACCCUGGAUACGUCACGCCGACUGUAGUCCAACGCGCUCAAACUGCGCUACAAGAUGCAAUGGAACAAGGCAGUAGCAAGAGUCUACGGACGAUGAGCUCGUGCCACCGAUGCAAGCAGCUGAAACCUUUACGCGCGCACCACUGCAGCUUUUGCGAUCGUUGUGUGCUGAAAAUGGAUCAUCACUGUCCGUGGGUCGCCAAUUGCGUUGGCGAAGGCAAUUACAAAUUCUUCUUCCAUUUUGUCGUGUACGCUUUCUUCGCUUUGUGUAUGUGUGUGAGAGCACUAGCUGGGCCGUUCCAGAUGGCGCUGUAUAGCAAGGAGGGCCCACGAGGCGGUGGCAACUUUUCUGCACUGGUCGUGGUGGGUUUUGUGCUGAGUAGCGCCCUGGCAAUCAGUUUGCUGGGUUUCAUCGUCGUCCACUCGUACCUCUUGGUCCACGGUGCAACUACGAUCGAAUGUCAUCAGUAUGGCCGUGCAUUUCCAUUCAACCAGGGAUGGUGGAAGAACCUCGAGGCAGUGCUCGGAGAGACGACCAAAGACCGUCUACUACCGACGACACCACGACAGAAACAACAGUACGUAUUGCACCCUGCAGAGCUCGAGCACCUCAGCUGCUUUGAUGACUCUAGUGACCAAGAAGACGAUAGCUUAUUGUAG